GUCCUCGCCGCCUCACCGGCACUUGUUUGAUGUCCUACAUGUCUCAUCCACGGAGGCUGCGACAUGAGAGGCGAAUGUUAGAGACCAGAAAGACGUGGAGAUCUUGAAAACCGCCAUAAUUCUGGUGUGUGUUUCUCACGAUGGGCCGACAGGCUUACUUGAACCGCCUCGCUUUGGGGCGGUCACCAUACGAACUUCCAGAAAAUGCAACGGUGGAUCCUUCCAAUCCAGUGCGGAGGGUGUCCAGUGUAUAUUCGGAUAACUACAUGCAGCAGUAUGACGCUCGGGGCCAUCCGGUUAACCCAGAAUCCAAAGUUCUUGGGCGGGAACUCAGGCGAGCAAAAAACGAUAUUCUUUCUACGAUGGGGAUCGUCGUCAGUGGCGAGGACCGUAAUACCAGCCCUUCGGAUGAACAGCAAAAAAUCAACCAGAUCGCGACCGAGAAUGAUUUUGGCCUCGUGAUCACCACACUUGAUCAGCUAUUUGUGUUUUUCGGCACUUGGUGGUCCUCCUCUUUGACCGGAAGAAUCCAGACAUACAAACAUUAUACCCACGAUGCUCUGCUUGAUGUGAUUCGAUCAGAACGUGGGGCAACAGGCGUCCUCGGCUUCUACUUUGCUGGUAUACCUGCAUGGGCAGUGUCCAGUGGGCUAGCGAUAGCCCGAGAUAAUCCAUUGAAGCGUGUGUUUGCGACAGCCCGGGACUACUUGCUUGAUUUCAGAGGCAAUGACAAGCUCUCACUUGGAGCCCGGUCACUGUUCAUACUGACAUUCACGACGGUAAGGAGCACACUACUCCUUCUUUCUGUCGAGGCAUAUAUGUACUCGUUGCUUCAAACCCUCGCCCUUGUACCCCCAAACUCGACACCCAGCACUCAGCUUUUGAUUCCCUUCGGCGAGGAGUCUCUCAUACAGAUGCCAUCGCUACCUACUGACCUUUCUCUCGUAUCCAUCGGGGGAUUUAUCGUACGACUCUUGGCUUCCCCUGGAGUCUUGACUUUCCUCCAUGCUUUCUAUCUACGCCCAAAUCUCGAAGAACGAAUCUAUAGACUGAUCCGUCGCCAAUUGCCUAAGCCAAUGCUUGCAGAUGAGCUUUCGAUUCGGGUUGCGUAUGAUGAGAACCUCGUCGAUUGGGUUGUGCCCACUCUAGGGCGUCGUUCAGAGGAAGAGACCCGCCGCGCGCGACUUCCUCUGCUUGAAGAUAUCAAGUGUGAAUUAUCUGUUUUCCAGCAUUGGCUGUUCUCCUUUUUUGGCCUUUUGUCAAAACCGACCUUGGAGCAGCAAGCUCCCGAUAUCUUGAAUCAGGAGAGAAUACAGAAUCUUCGAAAUUCAAUUGAAUCUUUGCAGCAUGAGCUUGAAGAAGUCCAGCUUCGGAACAACCUUGCCGGAGAAACAUCUGAUGCAGCUUUGAGCAGGCUCUCCGGUGCGCUUGCUCGCACAACCGCGGUUGAUAUGACACGUCUUGACCUGCCAACGAUCGCAGAGGACGAUCAAAUGACAGAGGAGUUGGAACUGGGCAUCAAUCAAGUCCUCACAAACGAAAAUCGAAUCUCACAAUCUCCUGGAGAGAUGAGCAGCGAUUACUUCUCUGAAAUGGCAACGCUUGGUAGGACGAGUGCGCCCUCCCAAAACUCUAUAUCGCAAAGUCCUCCCAGCAAUGCUCAACUAGGGGAUAGCGCAAGUAGUGCAACGAGGGACCGACAUAGUUCUCGUGCUAAUACCCUGUUUUCUCGUCCAUCAUCUCCUGACACAUCACCGCCUACUUCGCCACGGGUUCGGGCCUCGUUGAUUCAUCAGAGCUCCGACAUUAUCACAAUGCAGCUAGAGCUUUUAGGCAACCGCAACCGCAAUGCCCAAAACCAGACUCCAACCGGCAAUUCGUCUCUUCCAAGGAUGGGUCGCGGGACCACAGGGCUGCGCCCUCCUUCAACCUCCAUGGAUCGAAGAUCAAUUGCUGAUUUCCUUGAAGCGCUGAUCUUGAGUCAAGCCCAGCAGCAGGCUUCACAAUCGCCGUUGUCAACAGAGCAUGAUGAGUUAUCGAACACGAACACCCAAGCAAGCAGUAUAAGUCCUCAAGAAAUGCCUGCCCUUGACCCUAUUCCCCCGAACCCAGCUCAACCGAGUACAACUUCCAACCAAACCCCUUCUGACCUUGUCGAAGAAACUGCGGCCUCAAAUAUACCUAAUUUUCUUCCAGAUGGGGUGGAAGUACCAGCCGAGGAGGAAGGCGAUGGGCAGCCAUUAUCACUUGUGGAAAAUACACAAAAUGCAGAAACCCGAGCGGCCCCCGUUGACCAACUCCCACCCAUUGGCUCUCGUAUCUCAGGGCAAGCAUUGACGCAUGGUCUGUCUGGCGCUCAUCGAGUUACCCUUCUCUCUGCCCACCCCGUGGAUUCGCUCGCGUCUCAUCUUGCCGCUUUCAUCAGCACCAUUAUUCUCUCGCCGAUAGAAUCCUUAUGUCUUCGAUCAUUGGCUCAUUCUUAUCUAACUUCGCAUCCUUCCGCGAUGGUCGGGGCAUCGGAUCUCCAUCCCGUUGGGUUAUGGUUUGGCGGCAACUCUGGGCCCGACAUUCUCGCGUACAGCGGUAGAAUGAUCCUCAUGCGAGGGAUGCAGGCUGCUCUCAGAGCAGGUGUUUGGGGAUUCUUGGUCGGCUCAACGAUGAGAAUUGGCCGAAAGUUUUGUGGUUGGGGGACGCUGUGAUAGCCAUGCUGGCCUAGGUUUGAAUGGUUUAUUUGGAAAUCUUGCAUUUUGUGGGGUGAGCAGUGAAUUUGUGUGCAUCGACAUUGGAUAGUCUACAUGGUUCAAGGCGGCGUACUAAAACUUGAGUCUGUCCAUCUAAACGUCGGGAAAGAAAAAAAGCGCUGCCCAGUCACCCGUAUUUGAUACAAUCAUCCAAUCUAACUCCCAAGUAUGAUCAAAUUGAUAGAUUACUUUGCCUUGCCCUUGCUCUUCUGUGCGGGAGCUUUUCUCCGUUCCCAGACCAUCAAGUAGCCCUCGCGUGUGAAUAGAGUCUCGCUCUCCGCACGCUUGACGAAUAGAUCUUGAAUCUCAAGCCACUCCGAGUUCCGUUGCUGUUGCUCUGAGCCACCGGUAUGGUUCGCGUUCUCCGCGGAUACAGCUUUGUCGUGCAACUGUACAAGCCAAGAGACCUUUUCAGUGGCUGCACCGGCUCCCGACGAGGAGCCACCAGCACCAGAGGCAGCGUUCACGCCCUUAUCGGCUGCAUCUUCGGUGGCACCAGGUGCAGCGAUCGAGGGGUCGAGGAUGAUGUUGGCAACGAGAUCGUAGAGAAUUGGCUCACUAGGUGGGCAGACAGAUGGGUUGGGCUCGACAUAUGGUGACAUGUCAAGGGAGCGCGGGGAGGGGAAAGUCACGAUAGUGGGAUUGCGCUCGCUAACGAAACGGUUCUUGCUGAAUCGUUUGAUAUGGAAGAAGAGGUAAGGCGGCAGGGGAUGGAGGAGGCGAUGUCGGACACGAUGCGCCAUCUUUUCGGAUGCCUCGCGGCCGUUAUACUUGUUCAGUAGAGUAGUUAGGGGCACCUGUGGAAUGAUAGAUUCCCGGUUCGCUGAUUGGAAAAGUGGUGUGGGAGGAAGGUCGAGAGUGAGGAUUUGGAAGGGCGUGACUUGGCUUUUGAUGUCACCAGAUUCCGUGAAGACGAGGCGGGCAUUUUGGGUAUCGGAGUGUGCGGUAAUAGCCUGACUUUCGAUCCGAAGCCGACCCUGGAAAGCAGCUUGGAUGACACUUGUGGGAUUAGAUGACGGUUUCUUGGAACCACCCAGAGAAAGAUGGAGGUUGUUCAGGAACCACGAUAGGAAGUCCACAGGGUCGGACUGUUGGCUGAGGGUAAAACGCUUCGAUGACCGCAAGGCGAUCUCUUGUAGCAGUUCGUGCGGCGAAACAUGGGACCUGAAUGCCUUUGGAUUCCAGAGCUUGCGUACUAAAGUACUGAAGCGAAGAGCGAGCUCGGGGGUUCCAGGUGUGGGGAAUUGGUGAAGAAGGAAGAAAUUUCGGAUGGGAUGAACGUGUGCCAAAAGCUGGACGACAACAUUCAGGUAGUCAUUGGCCUUGAUGUUGUUCAUACCAACGAAUCCUG